UCUCUGAAAGUAUUUUCUUCGUCACAAUAAUUUGUAAUUGAAGCUUUCAUUUCAUUGUUAACACUUAACAUAAGACGUAGUGCGUAUAGUUUCCUCGCGAGUUUAGCUCAUAGAAAUUUUAAAAUUAUCAUAAUGAAAUUUACUAUUGCAAUUAUUUUAAUGAUUGCCACAUUGGCAUCAACUAGGCAGAUAAAUCGAUCAGAAAAAUUUAUACAGGAAUGCGGUACCGAGCUUAAUAUUCCAUCUUCAAAGCUGCAUAAAUACUCAGUACCAGAUGGGAACGUAUUUGGUGAUGAAUACAGAGGUAAAUGUUUUGAAACAUGUAUGUUAAAGAAAUUUGGCAUUAUGGAUAAUGACAGCAAAUUUAGUCGCGUUGGAGUAAUCAAAAUUUUCUUCGAAGAGAAUUAUAAUUAUGAUAAUCCAGGAUUAUAUGAUUUGUCUGAUGACUUCCUUGCUAGGAUGGAAGAAUGUGCUAAAAAAGCCAAUUUAAUCGAAGAUGUCUGCAGACGCGUUGAGAGCGUAGAAAACUGCUUGAUCUCUGAGCGAGUCCGACAAGCUGUAUCUUAAAUAAAUACAUCUACUGUAAAAAAAUUGUUUAAAAUUUAAGAUUUUGCAUAGAAUGGUUAAAAUUUUGUGUAAAAGAUGAAUUUAGUUAAAAAAUUAUUAAAUUUGAUUGA